AGAAAAUUCUAGAAUUACUGUUUUGGGCUUCGAAACUAUAUUGCUACGAAAGAGCGAAGUAAUGAUAAAUGCUAUGUUAUAACCUGCCCUCUGCAUCACGACAUUUAUACCAACUGUACGAUAUCGUUACUUUGAUAAGUUUAUAAAAUGGUCAAAAUUUGCAUCAUUGGUGCAGGUAUUGGAGGUACAGCUACUGCAGCCAGAUUAAGUAAACAAGGAUUUCAAGUGGAAGUAUAUGAAAAAAACUCGUAUAAUGGAGGAAGAUGCUCAUUAAUCAGACACAAUGGUCAUCGUUUUGAUCAAGGCCCAUCUUUAUACUUAAUGCCAAAAAUAUUCGAAGAAACUUUUAAUGAUUUGGGAGAAGAUAUUUACAAUCAUAUAGAACUUUUAAAAUGUACAUCAAACUACAAUGUUUACUUUCAUGAUGGAGAAACUUUUGAACUAACAACUGAUAUGUCUAAAUUGCAACGAUCCUUAGAAAAAUUUGAAGGUAGUGAAGAAAAUACAUUACUACGUUUUCUAAAUUAUUUGAAGGAAACCCAUAUACAUUAUCAAAGAAGUGUAAAAGUGGCUUUAAAAACUGAUUUUCAGCAUUGGUAUAACUUUUUUCAUCCAAAACAUAUUCCUGAUGUAUUGAAACUUCAUUUAUUUGACACUGUUUACAACAGAGCUUGUAAAUAUUUCAAAAGUGAUUAUAUGAGAAAAGCCUUUACAUUUCAAACAAUGUAUUUAGGAAUGUCUCCAUAUGAUGGAUUGGCUCCUUAUAAUUUGUUGCAAUACACUGAAUUAGUUGAAGGUAUAUGGUAUCCAAAAGGUGGUUUUCAUAAAGUUAUAGAAAGCUUAGAGAAUAUUGCUAAAGAACUGGGAGCUAAAUUCUACUAUAACAAUGAUGUCAAAGAAAUAGUUAUUAACAAUAAUGGUGAAGCAAAAGGAAUUAAAUUUAAAAAUGGUGAAGUAGUUGAUAGCGAUAUAGUGAUUUGUAAUGCUGAUUUAGUUUAUGCGUACAAUAAUUUACUGCCAAAAACUAAUUAUGCUCAAAAACUCGGUAAAAAAGAACUUACCUCUUCUUCUAUAUCAUUUUACUGGUCAAUGAAUCAGAUAAUACCACAAUUAAAAAUCCAUAAUAUAUUUUUGGCUGAAAAAUAUAGAUCAAGUUUUGAUCAAAUAUUUAAAGAUCAUACAUUACCAGAUGAACCUUCAUUUUAUGUUAAUGUUCCUAGUAGACUUGAUCCUACUGCAGCACCUGAAGGUAAAGAUACAAUUGUAGUUCUAGUACCAGUAGGACAUAUAACUGAUAAAAAUAUUGAUUAUGACCAAUUAAUCAGUCAAGCUAGAACACAGGUAAUCAAUACUAUAGAAAAGAGACUGAAUAUACCUAAUUUUAAAAAUAUGAUAGAACAUGAAUUGAUAAAUGAGCCUAGAACAUGGCAAAAAGAAUUUAAUCUAUGGAAAGGAUCUAUAUUAGGAUUAUCACACAAGUUAUUCCAAGUGUUAUGGUUCCGUCCUAGUCUUCAAUGUAAAAUAUUUAAAAAUCUUUAUUUUGUUGGUGCUUCUGUUCAACCUGGCACUGGUGUCCCAAUAGUACUAUGUGGGGCAAAAAUGUUAGAAAAACAAAUUUGUGACAGAUUUUUGAUCAAAAAUAAAGUUAAUGAAAUGAAUUAUAUAUCAAUAACUAUUUAUUUUUUAAUAGGUCUUUUAGUUAUGAUUUUAUUCUGGUAUAUAUGUCUAUUUUUUUGAAAGAAAAUUUUUAUUUUAUUUCAAUAUAUAUAUUUUUAUUAAAUUAUAAUUGAAUUUUCUAUUGAAUAAUUGGAUAUAAAAUAUUGAUGACUAAAUAAAACAUAAAGAUACUGUCAAUAUAAGAAAUAUAGGC